CAACGUCAACAAAAUUUAAGGUUAGGCGUCGCAUCAUUUUGUUUCGCAUUGUUUUUGUUACAUAUUAUGUAGUAUUUAGAAGUAACAAUGCACUCGCCGAGUAAAGAUAGUGAAGAACCAACAUCCUCAAGUCUGCCUGAGACGCAAGAUGCCGGUAGCAGCAGCAGCUCAUCGACGGCGGCGUCGCAAACGCGACCGCCCGCCAAGCGCCCGUUUACAAGCACUGUUAUAGAAAUUUCGGAUACUGAAAGUGACGAUUCAGAUGUAUGUGCUGUUAACUCAUAUCAGGCAUCAGCCGAUGAGGUGAAAAGAAUACGUGGAACUGAAUACUCAUCGUCAUCAUCGUCAUCAGACUACAGCUCCGACUCUGAGGAGUCACUGGAGGAUGACUCCAUACUGAUAGAAGACAAAGUGCAGAUCAAAGUAGUCAAGAAGCAACUCAACCCACGAGCACACAGAAUGGAUGACCCAAAAUUGAAUCCAUCAUUAAAGAGUGAAGAACUAAAGACUAAAUUAAAGAAUCACUGGGUGGAAAAGAAAGACUAUUCCUGUGAAGAUGUGACAUUGACAUGUGACCCGUUCCGCCUGUGCCUGCUGCACGAGCUGCUGGCCAACAAGGAGAUCAUCAACAACAUUGUGGACGACAUGAACACUAUGGACUGGUCACGCAAGAAAAUGGAUCUCUAUGAAUUCCAUCAAACUACUGACCUCUCCAACUUGACUUGGCAGAGAAGUAUUCGGGGAAUUUAUGAACUACUCAAGACAGAAGUUAUGAGCUGGGUGUCGGAGGUGACGGGGUUGCAGCUGGAGUCAGUGUCGGCCUCAUGCUCACUGUAUGGGCCGGGUGACCAUCUUCUGGUGCACGACGACCUGCUGGCCGACCGCCGCGUCGCUUUCAUCCUCUACCUGGCGCCGCACGAACCCCCCGCACCGCCCCCCGCGCCGCCUCCCGCCUCGCCCCCCGCCUCGCCCCCUGCGCUCUGCGACGUCACCGAGCUCACCAAUGGUGACAAACAGACGGCGCGGGAGGUGACGCGGGAGGUGACGCGGGAGGUGACGCGGGAGGUGACGCGGGAGGUGACGCGGGAGGUGACGCGGGAGGCGGUGCAGGAGGCGGGGCUGCGCAUGCGCGGGUGGGCGGAGCACAUGGGCGGGGCGCUGGAGCUGCUGUCGCAGGACGCGGAGGGCCGCGCGGGCCGCGUCGUGCGCCGCGUCUUCCCGCGCAACAACAUGCUCGCCUUCUUCAAGGUCGGACACGACUCCUUCCACCAGGUGGCGGAGGUGCUGUCGCUGGAGCUGCCGCGGCUGUCCAUCAACGGCUGGUUCCAUGGCCCCGCGACCUCGCCCGCGCGCGCCUCCCCGCCCGCAGGCCUCGCCCCGGCGGCUCCGGUGCCGCCGCACUCGGAGCCGCCGCCGCUGAGCGAGUGGGUGCAGCCGGCGUACCUGAAGCCGCGGGUGCGCGCGGAGGUGCAGGCGCAGAUGGAGCGCGCCAGCGAGGUCAGCCUGCACGGCCUGCUGCCGCCGGACAAGUACCGCGACCUGCUCGACGCGCUCGACCGCCCCGAGGUGCAGUGGGAGGAGGCGGGGCCGGCGGAGCGGCGGCGCUACCGGCGGGUGUCGGCGAGCUGGGCGGCGGCCGAGGGCGGGGGCGCGGUGCGGGACCUGCUGCGGCUGGCGGGCAGCGCGCCCUUCGUGCGGCUGCUGGCGGACUGCACCGACCUGCAGCUCACCGGCUACACGCGCCUCGAGCUGCAGCAGUGGCGUCCCGGGGACUUCACACUGCUGCCGGGGCGGGCGGAGUACGGGCGGGCGCGGCUGGAGGCGCUGCUGUACUGCGGCGUGGCGCGGCGCGUGUGCGGCGGCGGCACCACCUACGUGAGCGUGGAGGAGGAGGGCGGGGGCGAGGGCGGGGCGCUGCUGACGGUGCCGCCGCACAGCAACGCGCUCAGCCUGGUGUACUGCGACGCGGGCGCCGCCGGCUUCACCAAGUACUACGGCAAGCUGCCCGCGCGCCCCGGAGACCGCUUCUACCUGCUCUCCUGCACCUACGUCGAGUGACGCCGCGCCCUCACCACACCCCCACCACACCCCCACCAC